AUGGGUAACGUCCUCUCCGUCUUCUCUCCGCAAGACAGCGACAGCGGGUUCACCAAGGUGGAGAAGGCCCAGUUCGAGAAGAAGCUCGCCGACCGCGAAGAGACCAUCGCUGUCCUCGAGGAAGAUCUCACUAAGAAGGAGAAGGAGGUCACCACCGUUUCCAAAGAUGUCGAAACUCUGCGCCAAAAGGUCGCCGAGCUAGAUGCCCAAUUGCUCUCGUCCAAGACCGAAAACGAGGCACAUAUCACAAAGCUCCAGUCUGAGCUCAAGCAGAGCAGUGACAAGGCUGCACAACAAGUGAGCGCUGUUGAGGAGGUCUCUACUGCUCGUGCACAGGAGUUGGACGCUGCCAAGACGGGGCUCACCAUCCUGGAAGAGAAGCUCAAGACCGUCGACCAGGAGAAGCAGACUCUCCAAGACGAACUUGCAGCGGCCAAGAAGGAGCUUUCCGAGAUCAAGGAGCAGCACGCUGCUGCCGAGGCCGCCCUCAAGGAGGAGCUCGAGUCUACCAAGAAGCAAUUGGCCGAAGCCCAGGAGCAGCAGUCGUCCUCUGAGGCAUCUCUCAAGGAGGAGCUAUCUGCUUUGAAGACCAAGUUUUCUGAUGCCGAUAGCAAGCACGCCGAGCUGACACAGUCCAAGAGCGAACUCGAAAGCACCAUCAACAAGCUCCAAGAGACCAUCAGCAAACUCGAGACCUCGAACGGUGAACUCAAGUCCUCGAAUGCAUCGCUAGAGAGCUCCAUCAAUGAGCUCAAGGAGUCCAGCGGCAAGGUGGACUCCGAGUGGAAGGAGAAGCACAGCGCUCUGGAAACGACACAUGCCAGCCUGUCAAAGGAGGUCGAGGCUGCCAAGAAGGAACUUGCAGAGUCCACGGAGAAGUACAGCACACUGGAGUCCUCCUCUGCCUCGGAGUUGGAGUCGUUGAAGAAGGAGUUGUCGGACCUGAAGGAGAAGUACGCUGCUCUCGAGAAGGACAACGAGUCUACCAAGAGCGACUCCGGUGCUGAGCUCACUUCUGCAAAGAAGGAGUUGGCCGAUGCACAACAGAAACUCGCCGAUCUCCAGAAGGAGCACGAAAAGGUCACUGGUGACUCGUCGGCCCAAGUCGAGGCCGCCAAGAAGGAGGCCGCGGAGUGGCAAGAAAAGCACAGCACCCUGCAGUCAACCCAUGACAGCCUUGCCAAAGAAGUUGAGGCUGUCAAGCAGGACUUGGCUGCAUCCGAGGAGUCUCAGAAGAAGUUGAAGGACAACCACGCCGCAGACUUGGAGAAGGCCAGCUCAGGCUCAUCCGAUCUCGAGUCCAAGCUCAAGGCAGCUGCUGACGAACGCGAUGCCUUGAAGAAGUCACACGAGGAACAGUCCGCCCAGUUGUCGGACCUCCAGAAGCAGAUCGACGAGGCCCAGGCAAAGGCAUCCAAGGCUGACGCAGACCUGAAGGAUGCUCAAUCUGAUAAGGAUGUACUCCAAAGCAAGAUCGCCGAGUCACAGUCCGCUGCUGACAAGGCCACCCAGGAGCACUCUGAACUCAAGACUAAGUUCGAUGAGCUCCAGAGCAGUCUCGCUACAGCAGAGAAUGAAAAGAAGGUGGCUACCGAGACGAGCAGCGAGCUGGAAAGCAAGGUCAAAUCUCUGGAGGAGAAGUUCACCAACACUGUCGCCGACGCUGUCAAGACCAAGAAGGAGCAGUCUGACCUAAGCGCAAAGCUCGAGAAGGCCGAGGCCGACGCUGCCACCGCCGAGAGCAGCAAGAAGGAAGUCGCCGACAAGAGCAAUGCUUUGGAGAGCCAAGUUAAGUCUCUCGAGGAGAAGCUGGCUGCUUCUGAGUCGGAAGCCAAGAAAGUCAAGGAUGAGCAAUCCGAGAUUUCUAGCAAGCUUGCCGAGGCAGAGAAGAGCAUUGCCUCUGCUGAGAGUGACAAGAAGGUCGCCGCCGAGAAGGCCAGCGAGCUUGAACAAAAACUAGCUGCUUCCGAGUCAGAAGCCAAGAAGGCCAAGGAUGAGCAAUCUGAGAUUUCCAGCAAGCUUGCCGAGGCAGAGAAGAGCAUUGCCUCUGCUGAGAGCGAGAAGAACGCCGCCGCCGAGAAAGCCAGCGAGCUUGAACAGAAGCUGGCUGCUUCUGAGUCGGAAGCCAAGAAGGCCAAGGAUGAGCAAUCUGAGAUUUCUAGCAAGCUUGCCGAGGCAGAGAAGAGCAUUGCCUCUGCUGAGAGUGACAAGAAGGUCGCCGUCGAGAAGGCCAGUGAGCUUGAACAGAAGCUGGCUGCUUCUGAGUCGGAAGCCAAGAAGGCUAAGGAUGAGCAAUCUGAGAUUUCCAGCAAGCUUGCCGAGGCAGAGAAGAGUGUUGCCUCUGCCGAAAGCGAGAAGAACGCCGCCGCUGAGAAGACUAUUGAACUCGAGAAGAAGCUGGCUGCGCUCGAGUCGGGUGUCGAGAAGGCCGAGAAGGAGAAGUCUGAUAUCAGCGCCAAUUUUGAGAAGGUUGAGAAGAGCCUCGCCGCCGCUGAGGAGGACAAGAAGGCUGCUGCCGAAAAGGCCAGCAGUUUGGAGGAGAAGCUCAAGAAACUCGAGGCUGAGUUAGAGGAGGUGAAGGAGAAGACCGCUGCUGCCGCUGAGACGGCCACAGAGGCACCGAAGGAGGCUGAGGCAUAA